AGAAACCCUAAUUCUAUUGAAGGCGGCAGACUCCGAGUGCCUCCAAUCUUCUUCUCUUCUACACCAACCAUGACCUUCAAGCGCAGGAACGGAGGCCGUAACAAGCACGGCCGCGGCCACGUCAAGUUCAUCCGCUGCUCCAACUGCGGCAAGUGCUGUCCCAAGGACAAGGCUAUCAAGAGGUUUCUUGUGAGGAACAUUGUGGAGCAAGCAGCCGUUCGUGACGUUCAGGACGCCUGCGUCUAUGAUACUUACACCCUGCCUAAGCUGUAUGUGAAGAUGCAGUACUGUGUUUCCUGUGCCAUCCACUCUCACGUUGUGAGAGUUCGCUCUCGAACUAAUAGGAGGAACCGUGAGCCACCACAGCGCUUUAUCAGGCGCAGGGAUGACAUGCCAAGGCCUGGUCAGCCUGGUCAAGCUGCUCGUCCUGGUGUUGGAAAUCCUGCCCGUGCUUGAGUUUAACAAGUUUCAAUUGGAUCUCUAUAGUGUCAUGUUUUUAGUUGCUGCUUGAAUUUUGAGAACUCUAGUUAUGUAGAAGGUCUGGGUUUACUUUCGUUAAAUCUGCAAAUCUGCUUGACAGAGUUUUGUUGAACCGAGGAGAAUACUUGUUGGAAAUUGCAUUUUUAUUUCCUUGAUUACUUUUUAGGCUUGUUUCUACUGCAUUAAGCUCAUUUACAUUUCUUUAAAAAUUUGUUGGUAAUUUGCAUCAGUUCAUUUGCUUCCGACUGUUUGGUGCUUGGUACUGACGCCAAACGUAGCAAUAGUUGCAAUUGAAUUAUAUUUAUAUAUAUAAAAGUUGCGAUGUUAGCAUUGUGAAUGUCAUCAGAAAUAUUAACAUCAGUGUGCUUGUUUAAAGAAUGCCAUUCUCAAUUUCGCAAUGAUUUGUAACAUUAACCAAUUCUUGGCCUUAGAAACGCAAGUAACAUGGGUU